AGAAAUAAAAAAUACAUUCACUUGAGAGUGAAGAAAAUAUUUAUAUAUAAGUAGAUUAUUCUCUGUCUUUGGUCUUCAAACACAGUUUUUGGUUUUUUCAUAUUUACAAAACCCGAAACAAAACAAGCUGAAAACAAAAAAACACUUAGCCAGAUCUCUCUCUCCACCACCCAAGGAGGUUAUUAAGUAUAUUAUUUAGACUCAAGAUCCCUUUAUUCAAGUUUGAACUUUCAUUCGUUCUCCUUUUCUUUUUUUUUUUUCAUCUCUGUCGUUUUGCCUUAGAGUCGUUUGGGAUAUACAUGGGUUUUGUAGAUAUAUAUGUGUGUAGUAUAUAUAUAUACUUAUAAACACACAUACUACACACAUAUAUACUAAAGACUUAUUAUAACUCUAUAUGUCGAGAGCUUUAUAGAGCUUUGUUUUGUUUAUACUCUUGUAGCUAGUACUACGUAUCAUAUAAAACUCUUUAUUAUUAGAUGCAUAUUAUGGCUCGUAGUACUGGAAGCUUUUCUUCCAAUAUGAAUGGCUGGUUUGGCACUACUACUGCUCAUCUUCUUCAUCAUGAUAAUCAAAAACCUAACCCUACUACUACUGCUGCUGCUGCUACCAAAAAGAAGAGAAAUCUCCCAGGAACACCAGAUCCAGAUGCGGAGGUUGUUGCUUUAUCUCCAAAAACACUUAUGGCUACAAACAGAUUCGUAUGUGAAAUAUGCAACAAAGGGUUCCAGAGAGACCAGAACUUGCAGCUUCACAGAAGAGGUCACAACCUUCCAUGGAAGCUUAGGCAAAGGACUAACAAAGAUCAGCUGAAGAAGAAGGUGUAUAUAUGCCCUGAAAAGAGUUGUGUCCACCAUGACCCUGGUCGAGCCUUGGGUGACCUCACCGGAAUCAAGAAGCACUUUAGUCGAAAACACGGUGAGAAGAAGUGGAAGUGUGAUAAGUGUUCUAAAAAAUAUGCAGUUCAAUCUGACUGGAAAGCUCAUUCCAAGACUUGUGGUACUAGAGAAUACAAAUGUGAUUGUGGAACCCUCUUUUCCAGGAAAGAUAGCUUCAUUACACAUAGAGCGUUUUGUGAUGCCCUAGCAGAAGAGAGUGCUAGGCUUACUUCGGUUGUAUCCAGCAAUCUCAGCUUCGGUAAUCGUAAUAAUAAUGUUGAUGAUCAUACUAAUGCUAUUACUACUAGUAGUCCUAGUUCAAGUACUACCACUAUGGUUAAUAUGGACCAUAUAUUACAUGGACUCGGUAUUAUGAGUGGUACUACAAGUACUAGUCAUGGUUUUCAGCUUCAACAAGAUCACUUCAAUCAUCAUCUCAGCAAGUCAAGAUUAUCACAUUGGCUUAACCAAGCAAAUAAUUCAUCGCAUAAUAGUAAUAACAUUAAUAAUAAUGACAAUAAUCCUAUGGAUUAUGUCUAUAAUAGAAGUAGUAGUGUGCAAGAACUGGUCAUAGGAUCAACUACUAGUAGUACUACUCUCUUUGGCUCUUGUUCUUCUUCAAUGUCAAGUUUGGUAGGAUUAAAAGAAGAAGCAAAUCGAGUGCUUAACAACUCUUCAUCAUUAUCAUCAUCGAAGCAUGUUAUUGCUCCAAUGUCAGCCACAGCUCUUCUCCAAAAAGCCGCUCAAAUGGGCUCAACUAGAUCAUCAAGCAACCCCUCAUUUAGUACUACUAAUAUUACUACUACCACUAGCUCAUCAUCAACAGGUGUAAUGAUGAUCAUGAACCCCUCUUCUUCUUCAGCUACUAAUAGUCAUGUCAAUGUGGCCACAACCAUGGCUCAUCAUGGAUAUUUAGACGGUUCAAACUUGAUGAGAUCAUUAGGAAGUAACAUUUCAUUGUCAUCAUCAAAUAUUAAAGGCAUCGAAAAUGGUGGUCUGACUAGGGAUUUUCUAGGAUCGGGAUCAGGGGUAGUAAUGGCCCAAAGGAAACUCUUGUCACAUAAUUCCUGUGGUUCAUCAGCUAUGGGAUUGAGCCAAUUCAGUGGCAACCACUGAUCGAUGGUAUACUGUUUAUAUGUGAUGAUGAUGGUUUUUGUUGAUAUGUACAUGUGAACUCAGUGGGGUGCGAAGAUCAAUAUAUCAUGAAGAAAUGAAAUGGAAAAUGUGACCAUCUCAGGCUGCAGAAGCAGGAGGCCGGGGCCACCCAAAGAGAAAACAUUUGAAUAUGUCAGAAGUGACGGAACGAAGAGUGAACUACGAGUCAAUUAUAUACAUUUAUGUCUAUCAUUAAUAUUUAUUCAUUAUUUGUCUUCCUUUGUUUUAUCCUUCGUGUUGUUUAGUCUUUUGUCUUUGAAUCACUUAUCCUUUUCCUCUAUAGAAUUUUUCUUUUCGCGCU